CGAGCCGUUGGAUAAAAUCGAUCAUCCUCAUGCUGGUUAAAUGAGGAAAAGUGAGAGAGAAGAACCAAACACUGUUUUGGUUUGGUGGAACAGAAAAAGAAGUAAAUAAUGGAAGGGACGGAGAAAAAUCAGAAGAUGAUGGAGAAGAAGCUUUGCAAGCGAUGUAAACAGACAUACGAUAUUUCUACUAAUAGCUCUUCAUCUUGCAGGUUUCAUCCUUCCUUUUUCGUUUCCAGAAGACAUGACGAUCAAAAGAGGUACUACGAACUAGGGCCAGAUGAUCCUCCUUAUGCUGCCAAGUUCUACGACUGUUGUGGAGAUGAGGAUCCUGAUGCAAUUGGCUGCACCACCAGUGUUCACGUUUCUUACGACGAUUAGUUCCCUGAUCAUUCUGAAGCCUUUUUCAUCAUUUUCGUUUGCUAGAGCAGAAAAUGUAAUAAUGUACAUAUUUUAUAUCUUUAUGCAUACCAAAAAGUUUAUCAUCCUCUGUUUUCUUCAAUUGCUCCUUCCAAAACCGUGCUCACGAUGUCCACUUGGUUGGUUUAGAAAUGCAAAUAACUUGGUGAAUUA